AUAAAAUCUGACGACCGCGACCAUUCUUGGCUGUCGACAUGUACAACGACGCUCAUCUCUCCAUGGGUGCGACGAACAAUACUCGGCUAGGCGAUUGCCAGAAUGUACCCUUCUACUAUUCCUGCAACAAGGACCUUGUAGAGGGCUUUUCUGACCACUACCUCGCCCUUGCUGCACCUGUGGUAGCAUACUGGGCUAUCUGCCUUUUCUUCCACUACCUCGACAUGUCGACUUGGAAGUGGCUCGAGAGGUACCGCAUCCACGAAUCUGCCGAAGUCACGUCGCGAAACAGGGUCUCGCGCUUACAAGUAAUAUGGGCCGUCAUCUUUCAGCAUAUUCUUCAGACAAUACUGGGAUUGAUUGUAUUGGGGGAUGAUAAUGGACCUGCUGUCAAUCAUUCGUUAAAAAUCGACUCUAUUGCUCGCUUCGUUCGCCCUAUACUUGCGAGAGGCAUCCUGGCGGAGUGGACCACGCCUGCAGUUGGGCCAGUAUCUUACUUUAUGUACUGGUGGGCAAUACCAUUCUUACAGUUGGUCUUUGGAAUGUUUGUUAUCGACACCUGGCAAUACACCCUUCACCGCUGGAUGCAUACCAAUAAAUGGAUGUACAAGCAUUUCCACUCCUGGCACCACCGUCUCUAUGUCCCGUACGCAUUCGGGGCGCUGUACAACCAUCCUGUCGAGGGUUUCUGUCUGGACUCCCUCGGCUCUGUCGUCGCUGAAAUAUUGGCGGGUAUGACGGUACGACAAGCGACGUUAUUAUUCGUCGUUGCUACAUUUAAAACUUGCGAUGACCACUGCGGCUACCGUUUCCCAUGGGAUCCCCUUCAAUUCAUGACAUCAAAUAACGCAGAUUAUCAUGACAUACAUCACCAGACCGUUGGUAUCAAGCACAACUUUGCCCAGCCAUUCUUUAUCCACUGGGAUGUUAUACUGGGUACGCGCAUGACGAGGGAGGAAAUGGACCGUCGCAAAUAUAAGAAGGAGCAGCACUCCGACUGAUUGAUAUCUUUGUUUAUUUUCCCAGUAAUUUUCCCAGUCGACGGUAUAUCUGUAGGUAGUGUACGAUUCAACCGUGUAGGUUCAUAAUUUACGACAGCCCUCAUGACCUGUAAAAACAUUCAAAUGCAACAGUAUUUGAUGCUGUGCAGAUACCCAGUAUGGAUUUAGGUGCAGGCAAGUAUACAAAAU